ACAACCUAAAACUCCAUUUGACUUAGUUCACACGCAAACACAAAAACGGAGUUUUCAGAAAUCUCCACUUUGGCCGGAGUUUUUAGAAAUGAUCGUUUUCCGUGAUAAAACCUCCGUUUUUGUGUAAAUGAAAGGCCAAAACGCAUGAAAACAAAUGCUUUUUCCCAUCGUGUAAACGGGGUCUAAGUCCAAACUCCAGAGGACGGGAGGACGGUCUUUCUGCGAUAAGAAAAGAAACACACGUCUGUACUCGGCAUACUUGGAAACGGGUUACGUGUUUGUCGCAGCGACAGUCGAGAAAAGUCUCUGUUUCUGUCCAAAGAAAUAUUACACUUUGCUCGUCUUCUCAACCACUGACCCACAAACCGAUAUGGCUGCUGCCAGCAAUCUGCUGUCUGAAGAUCAGUUCCUGUGCUCCGUCUGUCUGGAUGUGUUCACCGAUCCAGUCAGCACACCGUGUGGACACAACUUCUGCAAAACCUGCAUCAAUGAUUACUGGAAUAGCAACGACUAUAACUCGUGUCCGUUAUGUAAGAAGGUUUUCUUCUCAAGACCUGAGCUGCUCGUCAACACCUUCAUCUGUGAGAUGGUUUCUCAGUUCAGACAGUCGGCUCAGCAGAAAGCCAGCAGCAGCAGCUCAGAGCAACAAGAGUCCAAACCAGGAGAGGUUCCCUGUGACAUCUGCACUGGAACCAAACUGAAGGCCCUGAAGUCCUGCCUGGUGUGUCUGGAGUCCUACUGUGAGACUCACCUGGAGCGGCACCUGACAAGACCACGCCUGAAGAAACAUCAGCUGAUGGACCCUGUGGAGAACCUGGAAGGCAGGAUGUGUACGAAGCACGACAAACCUCUGGAGCUGUUCUGUAAGACCGACCAGACGUGUGUCUGCAUGCUCUGCAGCAUUCUAGACCACAAGAACCACCAUGUUGUUCCUCUGGGAGAAGAGUGUGAAGGAAAGAAGGUCGAGCUGGAGAAGACGGAGGCUGAAAUUCAGCAGAUGAUCCAGAAGAGACGACUGAAGAUUCAGGAGGUCCAACACAACGUGGAGCUCAGUGAGGAAGAUGCGGGCAGAGAGAAAGCAAAAGGUGUUCAGGUCUUCACCGAUCUGAAGGAGUCUGUGGAGAGGAAACUGAAGGAGCUCAUCACUACGAUAGAAGAGAAGCAGAGAACAACAAGGAAGCAGGCUGAAGACUCCAUCAGAGAGAUGGAACAGGAGAUCUCUGAGCUGAUGAAGAGACGCACUGAGGUGGAGAAGCUCUCCCUCACUGAAGACCACCUCCACCUCCUCCAGAGUGUCCAGUCCCUCAACAUCCACCAUCCACCACCCACCAAGGACUGGUCUCAGAUGUUCUCCCCCGCAGUGACCAGAAGGAUCAUUUCACACGUCGCCCUCAGCUCGCCGCUGUCGUCGACCUCAUGUCCAGCAGCAGCAGGAAGUUGA